CCUUCAUCCAUCCCGAUCCGUUUCCUCCCCCUUCUCCUCUUUGAAUGUGAUCACCACCCGCAUCCACUCUUCUGACCCCAUCCCCUCACGAUGCGGGGUCUCCGCUUCAUCCCCAUCAUCGCGAGCCUCGGCCUGCUCCCCCGAGCUCUCGCUCGGGAUGAACCAAGCUCCGGCUUCACCACCAUCCACGAGCCCGGCCGCUGUGCCAUUCGCGGCCACUGCGGCAAGAAGUCCUGGUUCGGCGGAGAGCUCCCCUGUCCCGACAAUGGCCGCGCAGAGCAGCCCGAAACGGCGGUGAGGCAGAAGCUGGUCGACCUUUGCGGCAGCAAAUGGGAGGAAGGCCCCGUCUGCUGUGUCGACGAACAGAUCGAUGCCCUCUCCAAGAACCUGAAACUCGCCGAAGGGAUCAUCGCGUCCUGUCCCGCCUGCAAGGAGAACUUCUUCAACAUCUUCUGCACUUUCACCUGCUCCCCCGAUCAAUCCCUCUUCGUCAACGUCACUCAGAUCGAGGAGAACAGCUCCGGCAAAAGGCUCGUCACGGAACUCGAUAAUGUCUGGUCGGAAGAGUUCCAGAGUGGCUUCUACGACAGCUGCAAGAACGUCAAGAACGGGGCCUCGGGCGGGAAAGCCAUCGACUUCAUCGGGGGCGGGGCCAAGGAUUACCCUCACUUUAUGAAGUUCCUUGGAGACAAGAAGCUUCUGGGAAGUCCGUUCCAGAUCAAUUUCAAGACGGAGCCUGCCGGCUCCGACCCGGAUGGCAUGGAGGCGCUGCCGAUCACGCCCAAAGCAUGCAAUGACGCCGACGAGGCUUUCCGCUGUUCCUGUGUCGACUGUCCCGAUGUGUGUCCUGAGUUACCGGCCAUCAAACAGGACCAGUACUGUCAUGUGGGUCUCCUACCUUGUCUGUCGUUCGCGGUGAUCCUCAUCUACUCAAUCUUUCUGCUGGUUAUUGUCGCUUGCUCCAGCUAUUUCACCUAUCGUGAACGCCGAUACCGGAAACCGGAACGGGUCCGACUGUUGCAGGAUCCAGCCCCCAGUGAUGAUGAGGAUGAGGGCGAUAUCGUGCGCGCGGGUGGCUAUAUCGAGCAGCCCAAUGGUGUAUACAAACUGAACGCGGUCCUGGACAAACUGUUCAAUCGCAUCGGUGGUGCCUGCGCUCGAUUCCCGGCUAUCACCAUUGUGUCGAGUGUCAUUGUAGUCGGUGUGCUGAGCCUGGGCUGGCUUCGCUUUGCCGUAGAAACAGACCCGGUCCGCCUCUGGGUGAGCCCGAGUUCAGCUGCGGCUCAAGAGAAGGCCUAUUUCGAUGAGAAUUUCGGACCUUUCUAUCGCGCGGAACAGGCGUUCCUUGUCAACGAUACCUCCAGCGACGGGCGUGUCCUGAGCUAUGAUACCCUGAGCUGGUGGUUUGACGUCGAGUCUCGAGUCCACCGGAUGAUCUCUCUGGAACGGGAGCUGAUUCUCGACGACAUCUGCUUCAAGCCGACUGGUGACGCCUGCGUUGUGCAGUCUUUGACGGGCUACUUCGGGGGAUCGGUGGCAAAUCUGGAUCCGGAUACCUGGGAAGAACGGCUGGUGCAUUGCGCGGGUUCCCCCGGCGACGUGAGCUGUCUCCCUGAAUUUGGACAGCCCCUGCGGCCCGAGAUGAUCCUCGGAGGGUUUGAAGACUCCAAGGACGUGCUGGACGCCAAAUCGCUGAUCACAACCUGGGUUGUGAACAACCACCCGCAGGGAACGGAAGGCGAAGCCGACGCGAUUGACUGGGAGGAAAAUAGCUUCAUCCGUAUUUUUGAGGUCGUACAAGAAGAAGCCAAGGAGCGCGGGCUCCGUGUCUCCUUCAACGCCGAAAUGAGUGUGGAGCAGGAACUGAACAAGUCCACCAACACGGAUGCGAAGAUCGUGGUGAUCAGCUACCUGAUCAUGUUCCUAUAUGCCUCCCUGGCACUGGGAUCCGUCACAGUCACGUGGAAAUCCCUCUUUUCCAACCCCGCCAAUGUUUUGGUCCAGUCCAAGUUUACUUUGGGCAUCGUGGGUAUUGUCAUUGUCCUGAUGUCUGUCUCUGCCUCCGUCGGACUGUUUUCUGCGGCUGGUGUCAAGGUCACCUUGAUCAUUGCCGAAGUCAUCCCGUUCCUUGUUCUGGCUGUCGGUGUCGACAACAUCUUCUUGAUUGUCCACGAGUUCGAAAGGAUCAACGUGAGCCACCCGGACGAGGAGAUCGACGAGCGGAUUGCUCGCGCCGUGGGCAGGAUUGGCCCUAGCAUCUUCCUGUCCGCAAUCACUGAGACCAUUGCCUUUGGGCUGGGAGUGUUUGUUGGCAUGCCUGCCGUGAAGAACUUUGCGGUGUAUGCGGCAGGCGCCGUGUUCAUCAACGCUGUUCUGCAGAUCACCAUGUUCAUUUCCGUCCUGGCUUUGAACCAACGGCGUGUCGAGAGCCUUCGUGCGGACUGCAUCCCGUGUGUGACGGUCCGCAAAGCGCACUCCGGCAUGUCCGAAGACCAGCUGCUGGAUGAACAGGAGGGAGAGAGCGCUCUGCAGACGUUUAUCCGCAAGGUGUAUGCCUCGUCCCUUCUCGGGCGCAGGGUGAAGGUGAUGGUGGUGAUUGCAUUCCUCGGCCUGCUGACAGCGGGACUCGCGCUGAUUCCCAAGAUCACCCUGGGGUUGGACCAACGCAUCGCCAUCCCGAGUGACUCCUACCUCAUUCAGUACUUCGAUGACUUGAACGCGUACUUCGGAAGUGGACCUCCGGUCUACUUUGUGACACGAAACGUGAACGUAACUGCGCGGCGUCACCAGCAACAGCUCUGCGGACGGUUCACAACCUGUGAAGAAUUCUCGUUACCUUUUGUCCUCGAGCAGGAGUCCAAACGGCCCAAUGUCUCCUAUAUUUCGGGGUCCACCGCGAGUUGGAUCGACGACUUCUUCUACUGGCUGAACCCCCAGCAAGACUGCUGCAAGGAGGAAGGCGAGAUCUGCUUUGAGGACCGGACCCCGGCCUGGAACAUCUCUCUAGACGGCAUGCCCGAAGGAGACGAAUUCAUUCACUACGUGGAGAAAUGGACCGACUCGCCUACUGACUCGUCCUGCCCAUUGGGAGGCAAGGCCCCGUACAGCAAUGCUCUGGUCAUUGACUCGAAGCAUAAAACGACCAACGCCAGCCAUUUCCGAACCACGCACACGCCGCUUCGGACGCAGGAUGAUUUCAUCAAAUCCUACAUCUCGGCCCGGCGGAUAGCCGACGGAAUCUCCAAGGAGCACAACAUCGACGUGUUCCCGUACUCGAAGACGUAUAUCUUCUUUGACCAGUACGUCACCAUAGUGCAGCUGACGGGGACGUUGCUUGGGUCCGCUGUUGCCAUCAUCUUCCUUCUCACGUCGGCUCUUCUCGGCUCCGUCGCGACCGGGGCGGUGGUCACCACGACCGUGGUCAUGACGUUGGUGGACAUCCUCGGAGCGAUGGCCGUGGCGGGGGUGUCGCUGAACGCGGUGUCCCUGGUGAACUUGAUCAUCUGCGUGGGAAUUGCGGUGGAGUUCUGCGCGCACAUUGCGCGGGCGUUCAUGUUCCCGUCGCGGGCCAUCUUGGAGAGAGUGCCGACCAAGUUCCGCGGCAAAGAUGCGCGAGCGUGGACAGCGUUGGUCAACGUGGGCGGCAGCGUCUUCAGUGGGAUCACGGUGACGAAGCUGCUGGGGGUGUGCGUGCUGGCGUUCACGCGAAGCAAGAUCUUCGAGAUCUACUACUUCCGGGUGUGGCUGGCGUUGGUGGUGUUUGCAGCCACCCACGCCCUCAUCUUCCUGCCGGUGGCGCUCAGCUAUUUCGGGGGCGAGGGUAUGUUUUCCUUGUAGCGGUUUGCGCUCUGUCGUUUGUAUGCUGACCUUUCCCAGGCUACGCCGACCCCGGCGCCGACGGCGGACUGGAAGAGAACCUGGCGUCCAGGGGCUACCGCUCCCUGCUGGUUGACGACGAUUACGAGUCUGACGAAUACUAGACGUCCGU